AUGGUAAAACUGGCUUUUUCCCCUUUUGGUACCUUGCGAAUAAACCUUCUCUUUGCUGCAAAUAAUUUCAGCUUGCUGUGCAUUGGGCAAGAAAAAGUAAAUAUGACUAUUCAGGACUAUUGUGACAGAUGUCAAGACCAGGACAGUAGCUCACGUUUCCCCGGCCCCUGGUCACUGUCCCGUCGAAUUUCUUCAGAGCGCCGCGUCACUGGGUCACCUGGACCCAAUGGGGCGACAGAAGAAGAUGGAAUUCCUUUAAAAAUGCCACGCUGUGCAAUUGGUUUACGGCAGCCAGCGCCUUUUUCUGAUGAAAUUGAAGUAGACUUCAGUAAGCCCUAUGUCAGGGUAACUAUGGAAGAAGCCAGCAGAGGAACUCCUUGUGAACGGCCUGUGAGAGUUUAUGCAGAUGGAAUAUUUGACUUAUUUCAUUCUGGUCAUGCCCGGGCUCUAAUGCAAGCAAAGAACCUUUUCCCUAAUACAUACCUCAUUGUGGGAGUUUGCAGUGAUGAGCUAACACACAACUUCAAAGGCUUCACCGUGAUGAAUGAAAAUGAGCGCUAUGAUGCAGUGCAGCACUGCCGCUAUGUGGAUGAGGUGGUGAGGAAUGCCCCCUGGACCCUGACACCAGAGUUCCUGGCAGAACACCGGAUUGAUUUUGUGGCUCACGAUGACAUCCCUUAUUCUUCUGCUGGGAGUGAUGAUGUUUAUAAGCACAUCAAGGAAGCAGGCAUGUUUGCUCCAACACAGAGGACAGAAGGUAUCUCCACAUCAGACAUCAUCACUCGAAUUGUCCGUGACUAUGAUGUGUAUGCCAGGCGGAACCUCCAGAGGGGCUACACAGCAAAGGAACUCAAUGUCAGCUUUAUCAAUGAGAAGAAAUACCACUUGCAGGAACGAGUUGACAAAGUAAAGAAGAAAGUGAAAGAUGUGGAGGAAAAGUCAAAAGAAUUUGUUCAGAAGGUGGAAGAGAAAAGCAUUGACCUCAUUCAAAAAUGGGAAGAGAAAUCCCGAGAAUUCAUUGGAAGUUUCCUGGAAAUGUUUGGUCCAGAAGGAGCACGAUAUAGUUACCUGGAACAGAACAAAUUUGGCUCCUAUGUUCUGCUCGCCCAGGUGCAGCCUGGCUUGACGAAAAAUGAUGCCUAUGGUCCACAGAGCCGACAGGGUGGACACACCGAGGAAAGUGUUGAUCCAUAGAGCUGUGCUCCCCUCAGAAAUCUGGUGGCAGGCCAGAAAGCAGUCAGUGAGGAAGCAAGCCCCUUUCUCCUUUUUUUCCCUUUCUCCCAUGGUGGGGAAAAUAAAAAAGCUUCUU